CGGCUCCCCAGGAUUUUACCUCAGCCCCAAGCCCCGACAAUUCCCCGAUCCAGCCCCGGAACCCCCCGGUUUUGGGGGCUCUCCCUCGGCUGCUCCGUCCCCCCGCGCCCGGGGAUGCUUUGGGGUGACGCCGGGGCUUUCGGGGAGCCGCGCGGGGUUUUCCCCGGGGAAGGGGGCGGAUGCCGAUGAUGAUGAUGGUGAUGAUGAUGAUGGUGAGGGAUGCAGCUCCUCCCUCUCGCUAUUUAUUGCUGCGCGGAGCUGCGCGGCUGGAUCACCUCGGAGCGAGCGGGCAGCGCCCUCCCAGCCGCCAUGGCCCGGCUCCUCGGCACCUCCUGCCUGCUGCUGCUGCUGCUCCUGGGCGUCUGCACCGACCUCGCCUCCGGCAAGAAGGGCAAAGGCAAACCCGGCGGGGGCGGCUGGGGCACGGGGAGCCGCCAGCCCAGCUACCCCCGCCAGCCCGGCUACCCCCAGAACCCCGGCUACCCGCACAACCCGGGCUACCCCCACAACCCGGGCUAUCCCCACAACCCGGGCUAUCCCCACAACCCCGGCUACCCCCACAACCCCGGCUACCCGGGCUGGGGCCAGGGCUACAACCCGUCCAGCGGAGGGACUUACCACCAGAAGCCGUGGAAGGCGCCGAAGCCCAAGACCAACUUCAAGCACGUGGCGGGGGCGGCGGCGGCGGGCGCCGUGGUGGGGGGCUUGGGGGGCUACGCCAUGGGCAGGGUGAUGUCGGGCAUGCACUACAGCUUCGACAGCCCCGACGAGUACCGCUGGUGGAACGAGAACGCCGCGCGCUACCCCAACCAGGUCUACUACCGCGACUACCGCGACCAGCGCGGCCGCCCCGUGCCGCAGGACGUCUUCGUGGCCGACUGCUUCAACAUCACCGUCACCGAGCACAACAUCGGCCCCGCCGCCAGGAAGAACGCCUCGGAGGCCGGCGCGGCCCUCAACCAGACCGAGGCGGAGCUGGAGACGCGCGUGGUGACCAAGGUGAUCCGCGAGAUGUGCAUCCAGCAGUACCAGGAGUACCGGCUGGCCUCGGGCGCGCGGCCUCGCCUCGCCGACGCCUCGCUGGCCGCCCUGCUGCUCCUCGUGCUCUUCGCCCUGCACUAGAGCGCCCCGCGCCGUCCCGGUGUCACCCGUGUCCCCGUGGGGUCGCCCCGCCCCGCCCCGCUCUCGCUUGGUUUCGGUGAGGAGCCCCCGGGGCGCUGCCCGGCGCCUCCGGUUCAGGCAGUGGGAUGAAAAUUUCUUUUUUCUGCCCCAAAAGCGGCCCCGGGAUGGUGCUGGAGCCCAGAACCGCGGCCUUCGCCUCCUCCUCCUCCUCGGGGCCACCCCGAGAGGGACCAGGCAGAGGGGAGCUCUCCUCAGCCCUGCAGGAGCUUUUCCAAAAAUCCUCUUUGUUGACGGGCAGGGAUUGACCUCGGCCCCCAGCCACCCCCUGGGGGUCUCACAGGGGGGGUUCUCAAGCUGCCAGGUUGCAAUUUGAACCCUUCCAUCC